AUGUUCUCGAUCAUCUCCCAGUUCUUUAUCCUUGGGGUUUUGACUUUCUGGGUCACACGUGGACCCCGCACCAAACAGUCCGACCUCGACAGUUGGCUCUCCAGCGAAGCGAGCAUUGCUCGCACCGCUGUUCUUAAUCUAAUCGGUGACGAUGGCAAAUGGGCCGAAGGGGCCGCGCCAGGGGUGCUGAUUGCAAGCCCAAGCCGGUCGGACCCAGACUACUUCUUUACCUGGACACGAGAUUCGAGCCUAGUGGUUGGGACAUUGGUGGAGAUGUUCAGAGAAGGUGAUUCCGACCUUUUACCCAUAAUCCAAGGGUGGAUAUCGUCUCAGGCUCGAGUGCAAGGCGUAGAAAACCCGAGUGGCGGACUGAAUGACGGACAGGGAUUGGGAGAAGCAAAAUUCAUGGUGGACGAGACCCCCUUCGCUGGAUCAUGGGGACGACCACAGCGGGACGGGCCUGCCUUGCGAGCCACUACGAUGAUUGAGUUCGGAUGGUGGCUGGUGAGUCAGGGCUAUCACCAGGUUGCUGCAAGCCUCGUAUGGCCUGUUAUACGAAAUGAUCUGUCGUAUGUGGCACAGUACUGGAAUCAGUCAGGGUUUGAUUUAUGGGAGGAGCUCUACGGGCGCUCGUUCUUCACUUUAUCUGUAUCCUAUCGCGCUCUGGUCGGAGGAAGCGUGUUUUCGCGAAGUAUAGGGUUCUCCUGUCCGGAAUGCGUAUCGCAAGCUCCCCAGGUUUUGUGUCUGUUGCAAUAUUUCUGGACAGGGAGGUUUAUCCGUAGCAACCUCGACAGCGGUCGGAGUGGGAAGGAUUCCGGUACGCUCCUAGGCAUUAAUUACGCCUUUAACCCCCGUGCGGGAUGCGAUGAUGCUACUUUCCAGCCAUGUUCAGCGCGUGCCUUGGCUACCCAUCAUAAACUGAUGGGCACGUUCCGGGAUCUAUACGAUAUCAAUGCAGAUCGUAACCAGGACCAGGCUGUUGCCAUUGGUCGUUACCCUGAGGACCAAUAUUCUGGAGGAAAUCCAUGGUUCUUGUGCACGCUGGCUGCAGCAGAGCAGCUAUACAGCGCCAUAUAUCAAUGGAAUCGUCUUGGCUCUAUAACCGUCACACAAGUAUCACUUCCGUUCUUCCAGAAUUUGCACCCGUCGGUGGUGCCUGGGACCUAUUCGUCGUCAACUGAGGUAUAUUACCAAUUGGUUGACAGUAUACGUACGUACGCAGAUGGCUUCAUGCGGAUUGUGAAAACAUACGCGUCCCAUAACGGUUCGCUCUCGGAGCAAUUUUCAAGACAUGACGGGUCUCACAUGUCCGCAUACGAUCUCGCAUGGUCGUAUUCGUCCUUGUUGACGGCGAAUCGUCGCCGCAAUGCGAUUGCUCCAUCACCCUGGGGAGAGCCCGGGACACCGAGCGUCCCACCGACUUGCUCCGGUACUAGCGUGCAGGGGACAUACAGCGCUGCUACAAUCAGUGUUUGGCCCCCUAUGAAUGGAUUUCCAACUUCAACGCCUAUGCCGUGUGAGCCCCCUUCUUUCGUUUCCGUUACGUUCGAAGUUACUGCCUCAACUGUAUGGGGAGAAGAUAUACGAGCCGUCGGCUCGACCUUGGACCUUGGUAACUGGGAUCCUGCGGAAGGCGUGGCUUUCCAUGCCGACCGCUAUACAUUCUCUCAACCGAUAUGGUAUGCCACAGUCAAGCUACCAGCGGGCCAGAGCUUUAUGUACAAGUACAUUCGGACGAGAGGUGACGAAAUCGUGUGGGAAGAGGGCCUCAAUCGACAGUUAGAUAUCCCCGCGGCUUGCGAAACAAAAUCCCUUUACAGGAGAGAGGCCUGGAGAUGA